AAAAUGACCAAAGUACCCCUGCCCACUGCCCCCGGUCACACUCCUUUUCACUGUUGUCUUCUUCUUCACACCAAAAAAGCACCUCCUCUCACUCAUCAAUGGCAAACUCCCACGCCGAGCAGCUCACUAAUGGCAGAACCUCCGCUUCCUCCGCCGCAGCUCCCGGCGGAUCGAACGGAGGCGGAGCCGUAGCAAAGUACAAGCUGAUGACUCCAGCUAUGUUACCGAUCUCUAGGUCCACAUGUAUCACUAUACCUCCCGGUCUCAGUCCUUCUUCCUUCCUCGAAUCUCCUCUUCUCCUUUCUAACAUCAAAGCUGAGCCAUCUCCGACUACAGGUUCCUUCUCCAAAUUUCAAACAGUGCAAGGCUCUGGUGGGGCUGCUGCAUUCUUAUUGACGAGAGGUUAUUCUAGUAGCAAUUCAUACAUUGAAAGAAAAUCCAGCUGCUUUGAGUUCAAAAAUGCCAGUGGAUCUAGUUCUACAUCAGGAUCGUUUGCAACUGAACAUGUGAUUUCUACAGGUUUCAACCAACAACAAAAUGAUCCACUGAAAGAAGUUCAAGAUCAAAGUCAUCGUCAAUUGUUGGUACCUUCAUCUCUAGCUAAACUCGAGAUGGAAUCAUCAAAAGAACUGAGUAUAUCUGCGCCUGUUAAUGUUGAUGCUUCAUCAAAAGAAGAGAGUCUAUGUCAACCUAUUAAUGUUGAUGCCAUGAAUCCGGGAGGUCCAUCUAAUGCAAGCAUGCAAGGUUCACAUGCCGAUCAUAAAGAUGUAUCAUCAGUAACAUCUGAGAGAUCAUCAGAUGAUGGGUAUAACUGGCGAAAGUAUGGCCAGAAACUUGUUAAAGGAAGUGAAUUUCCAAGAAGCUAUUACAAAUGUACAUACCCAAACUGUGAAGUGAAAAAGAUAUUUGAGCGGUCACCUGAAGGACAAAUAACAGAGAUUGUUUAUAAAGGUUCCCAUGAUCAUCCUAAACCCCAACUGUGUCGCCGAUUUUCUCCUGGUUCUCUCGUGUCUAUCCAAGAAGAUAAAUGCGAGAAAGAAGCGUGUUUCAGGGGUCAAGAAGUCUAUGUUGAAGACAAGUUCAACACCAAUGUCCAAACUAAUAAAAUUGAGCCUGGUAGUACCCCUGUAUCACCUCAAACGGACACUGAUGCUCUUGAAGGAGCAGCGUCACAGAUGCAAGGCACUAAUGAUGACAUGGAUGAGGAUGAUCAAUUUGCGAAAAGAAGGAAAAUGGAUGGUGGGAUGGAUGUAACACCAGUGAUAAAGCCUAUCCGUGAACCACGCGUGGUUGUUCAAACAGUCAGUGAAGUUGAUAUAUUGGAUGAUGGGUACAAGUGGCGCAAAUAUGGACAGAAGGUGGUCCGAGGCAAUCCUAAUCCCAGGAGCUAUUACAAGUGCACCAAUGCUGGAUGCCCUGUCAGGAAACACGUGGAGAGGGCUUCUCACGAUCCCAAAGCUGUUAUCACCACAUAUGAAGGAAAACAUAAUCACGAUGUACCUACUGCGAGGAAUAAUAACCAUGAAAUGACAGGAUCCACGCCUGUAACUGGCGGUUCAAGGAUCAGGGCAGAACAGACCAACUCACUUAGUCUGGAUCUAGGUGUCGGUACUGGAUAUCAUCUGGACAAUGGGAACAACGGGCAACUUCACACCCUCCAUAACCAAGUUCAAGUUUCACGUUCUGGUAUGAUGCUAGUACAACCAGGUGCAGUUGUAGCGCGAUAUGGUAUUGUACAUAAUGGCAUGAGCCGAUUUGGAGCUAUAGAUAAUCGUGUUCAAGGACCUAGUUUCGAAACUUUACCUUUACAACCUUCUACCCAGUCUCUCCAAAGCUACGGAAAGAUACUCCUCGGCCCGUGAUCAUAUCUGCCAUCAAGUAUAAGCCUAACAAUAAGAAGCCAUCAUCCAUUCUUCCCCCUGCAUCUUGGUGGAUUACAAAGAUAUCUCUAGUUGAAGUAUAGAUACUUUCCGAUAUACUUCUAGAAGUUGUAUAAUACACCUUCACCUAGUGUUCUUUACGUAAUUACCAAAAAGUUAUCCCCGUAGGCCGUAUCUGUGUACAUAUACCUAGAGUAUAUUAGAAAAUGGAACAACAGUGGAUGACUGAGCAAAUGUCUAUGAAUACUUAUCUAUGGCAUUUUCUAGGAAUUAUGAUGAACUUUUUCAAUGUAUUUGUCUUUUCUGUAAUUAGGAUGAGGGUACUUGGCUAGUGUAUUUGCCGAAAUUGUUUUGGUCAAAGAUAUUAUGAUACUGCAUUUUUGCGAAUUUUCA